AUGGAAGAAGCUCCCAGGUUCAUCAUCGGGCACCAUGACCCCAAGAGACCAAUACCAGUCUCGAUGGAGACCGUCCAAGAUGCUCAUGCCGCUAAUUAUGACAUGGUGACGAGCCCCAUCACGACUCCCCAUUUCCAUAGCCGGGUGUUAACUCUACUCUCUUCAUCCCUUCCCUUCCAUUCAGAAGAAGACAUCACAAAAACCAAGAGCGCUUCACCUGUCAUUAUUCCACCACUGACUCCAGCGGAUACUCCAUUGACGCCCGAUGAGUCUAUUAGCCAGACCAUAGGUAUUACAAGUUCCUGGAUCGACCUUGGUUCUCCAGAUCCGAUCAUCGCGGAUGUCUCCCGACAGGUCCUGCAACUGGAAUUGGCCUAUGCUGCCUUCUGCGGGCUCACGUAUGUGCUGAUCCCAGGCCCUCUUCUUCGUGGUCAAGGCGUGUCUGACAGCGGGGUGGCUCAAUGUGCGAGAGUGAUCUUGGAUGCCCUGGGCCAAGCUCCCUACAUGCAACUAUAUAUAUGGUUUCCCAUGAUUGACCAUUCUGAGGAACACGUCGACCAGAUGGGCAAUCUAGCUCCGUUUGCUCGUCCGCAAUUUUUAGAGCAGGACGAGGCUGAAAUCGAAAGGUUGGAUCUUUUCGGAACCUGGGAGGCAUGGAACCUCAUUAGAUCGAUAUGUAAAUAUCCUUCUAGGUUGUGUGUAGCCUUGUCUAUACCAAAGCUGCUCCCUCCAGUCCCCGUCCAGUCAAGAUGGUAUUCCGAACCCGUCCGGCUGCUCACCCUCGACAAGCAAAUGUUUGCUAAGAACGCCAAAGGCUAUCCCGUGCUGACUCGCGCUCAUCAAGCCUUCGUCCUGAGAUUUGCCCGACUCCGUACAACACCAUGGUUCCUCUUAUGCAACGUCGGGACUAUUCCUAGCAGCGCCACAAAUGGGGGCAUGGUCAACCCAGCCGCGGCUGAGACCAACGCAUUCCCUACGCUCGCCGAAGCAGCACAAACUCCAGACCUCAAAGACCCGACUCCUCACCUCUCGUACAUGCGCAACUUGCAAACCAAACAACCACCUCAAUCGCCUAUUGAUCGCUUCGGGGCCGGCUAUCAAGAUUAUCUACAGGCGCCGUUGCAGCCGCUAACUGUCAACCUCGAAAGCAUCACGUAUGAAGUCUUUGAGAAAGACCCGGUCAAGUAUGCGUGGUACGAGCGCGCCAUCGCCCGGGCCUUGCAUGACUGGAUUGAACAAGGAAAACCGACCUCCAACCCGGACGGACGCGUUGUCGUUGCUGUAGUGGGAGCAGGUCGUGGGCCACUGGUAACUCGCGCACUCAAGGCAAGCCAAGACGUCGGGGUGGAGAUUGACAUGUGGGCGCUGGAGAAGAACCCGAAUGCGUUUGUCCUUCUUCAGCGCCAUAACAAGACAAUGUGGAAUGGCCGAGUGAAUUUGGUGAAGUCGGACAUGAGGACGUGGAGGGGACCCAUUCGCGCUGCAAGUACGGCAAAACCGACUCGAAUAUACAACACCUCGCCUGACAGUGAUGGUGAUGGCAAUGACGGGGACGGCGACAAGAAUGCAGAGAAAGAAUCCACCGCCCAACAACCGACAUUCACAGGCUCACCCACCCUCGAUACGACAUACCUGCUUGCGACGAGCACCCAAACCACCACGCCAACGCCCUAUAAGAUCGACAUCCUGAUAAGCGAACUCUUAGGAUCCUUCGGCGACAACGAGCUCUCUCCCGAAUGCCUCGACGGCGUCCAGCACCUCCUGAACCCGGUCCAUGGAAUCUCCAUUCCGGCAUCGUACACUGCACACAUCACGCCGAUCGCGGCACCAAAGCUUCACGCGGACAUAUUGCAUGGAAUGGGCAGUAAUCCCAAUGCGGGCGAGACGCCGUAUGUGGUCAUGUUCAACGCGAUCGACUACUUGAGCACGAAGCCGUCCGCUGCUGCAGACGCCAAGUCGUCGCGCGGUCUAGCGCACACGCGUCAAUCCCAACAACCCGUUGGUCCUCCUUUUCCAACGCCGCCAACGCCAGUCCCCGUCAUACAACAGACAUGGGCGUUUCUGCACCCGAACCCGGCCCUACCAACCCUCAGCCCGUCCACCAUCGGCACAACGACGACAGAACCCUCCCUCACCAACAGUCACAACGCCCGCUCAUGCCAGCUGACCUUCCCGAUCCCGCACCGGGGCACAUGCCACGGCCUGGCGGGCUACUUCGAGACCGUGCUCUACAAGGGCGUCGAGUUGUCGACGAAUCCCGACACCAUGGACCAAAAGAGCGAGGGCAUGAUUAGUUGGUUUCCGAUAUUUUUCCCGCUGAAGAGACCUCUCUUCCUCCCCGACAACUCGGAAAUCACCCUGACAAUGUGGCGCAAGACGGACGACCGUAAAGUCUGGUACGAGUGGCUCGUCGACGUCUACCUCUACCUCCCUUCCUCUUCGCCGCUUCAGCAGCCUCCUCCACCCCAGACCGCUCAUGCGACACAACAGCGGCAGCAGCCACCGCCGGGACAAGCUCAGAGCAUGAAUCUCGACGGCAGCAGCAGUGGUGGCGCUGGCGGCGACAACAACGACAACAACAACAAGGGGAAGAGGAAAAGCCUCCCGGCAUCGGCACUGGUGACACCGCCAGCACCGCCAGCACCACAUCUAUCGACCGGCAACUGUUCAGCACCCAUCAGCGCAGAACGAAGCAUGCCAUUACCGCGCCGCGCCGCCGCCGCAAGAGGUCGCCGGGUCCGGAUCGGAGGGAGCGAGCUACAUUCCUCGGAGAAGGAAGCCUGUUUGAUGUAA